CUUUGGUGGGAUCAAAUGGGAUCAACUUGAACCAAGCCAACCAAGGUGGGAACUUUGGGGAGGAAGCCCGGGCGUUGUGGUGUGCGAAGGCAAACGCAAGAACCGCCAGCGGCAGACAAUUCCAAAACUUUUUUUUAUGUCUUGCAACUAACCUUGGACGAAAACCCAUUACUGGACACCCCACAAUGACUUCAAAUUCCACCGCGAAAACCCUGGUCAAAACCUUCCUCAGAACCCCACAUUCCCUCAAAACCAAAUUCCAAGCCAAGCAGCUCCUUGCCCAAUUCCUCAAAACCCAACCCUACUCUCCCUCUUCCACUUCCAUCCUCAUUUCCGUUUACUCUAAUUUCAAUCUUUUACACCCCUCCCUCUUCCUCUUUAACUCUCUUAACUCCCCUCCUCUUCUCGCGUGGAAAUCUAUAAUCAAAUGCUAUGCAAAUUCUGGCCAUUUUCUAAAUUCCUUGACUUGUUUCGUCCAGAUGCGAAGUUUUGGUAUUUAUCCGGAUCCUAAUAUGUUCCCUUUUGUGCUUAAAGCUUGUGUCUUUUUGAAGAACUUGAGGUUGGGUGAGUCCAUUCAUGGCUGUAUUAUUAGGCUGGGUCUGGACUUCGAUUUGUUCACUGGAAAUGCACUUUUGAAUAUGUAUGCAAAAUUUCAAAGCUUACAACCGAAUGGAGGACAUAAAGUUUUCGCCUUUAAUGUGUUCGAUGGUAUGCCAAAAAGUGAUGAACUUUGUGGGACAUCGGCUCAAGAGAAAGGCGCAAGUAUUAUUCAAUUAGAUCGUAUGACAAAGGUUUUAGAAAUGAUGCCAAAAAGGGAUGUAGUUUCAUGGAACACUGUAAUUGCAGGGAAUGCACAAAAUGGAAUGUAUGAAGAAGCUUUGAGGAUGGUUAGGGAAAUGGGGAACGCUAACAUGAAACCUGAUUCAUUUACUUUGUCCAGUGUACUUCCUAUAUUUGCAGAGUACGUGGAUGUCAUUAAAGGAAAGGAGAUUCAUGGUUAUGCUAUUAGACAUUGGUUUGAUUCUAAUUGUUAUAUAGCUAGUAGUCUGAUUGAUAUGUAUGCAAAUUGUGCUCGUAUCGAAGAUUCAUGUGGUGUAUUUAAUCUGCUAUCUAAGAGAGAUGACAUCUCUUGGAAUUCGAUUAUUGCAGCUUGUGUGCAGAAUGGUGUGUUUGAUGAAGGUCUGAAGUUAUUUCGUCAAAUGUUAACGGCUGAGGUAAAGCCAAGGGAUGUUACAUUUUCUAGUAUCAUGCCAGCUUGUACGUACCUGACAACAUUGCAUUUGGGAAAGCAACUACACGGAUACAUAAUUCGAGGUGGAUUCAAUGAUAAUAUGUUUAUAGCGAGCUCCCUUGUUGACAUGUAUGCCAAAUGCGGAAACAUCAAGGCAGCAAGGUGGAUUUUCAAUCAAAUGGAACACCAUGACAUGGUUUCAUGGACAGCAAUUAUAAUGGGGUAUGCUUUGCAUGGGCAUGCUCAUGAUGCCCUUUUGUUGUUCAAGCAGAUGGAAAUGGAUGGGGUCAAACCCAACUACGUAUCAUAUAUAGCUGUCUUUACUGCUUGUAGUCAUGCUGGAUUGCCAGAAGAAGCUUGGAGGUAUUUCAAUAGUAUGAGUCGGAAUCAUGGUAUUAAACCAGGCUUGGAACAUUAUGCAGCUAUGGCAGACCUUCUUGGUCGUGCAGGAAAGUUGGAAGAAGCUUAUGAAUUCAUUGGUAGCAUGCAUAUUGCACCUACAGGUAGUAUCUGGUCAACGCUGUUAUCCGCUUGUAGAGUCCAUAAGAACCUUGAGUUGGCAGAAAAGGUUGCUAACGAGAUAUUUAAAGUUGAUCCAGAGAAUGUGGGAGCUUAUGUGCUGAUGUCGAAUAUGUAUGCAGCUGCUCGGAGAUGGAAAGAUGCAGCAAAGAUGAGAAUAUUUAUGAAGAAAAAAGGCAUAAGAAAGGAACCAGCUUGUAGCUGGAUUGAAGUUAAAAACAGGGUUCAUACUUUCAUCUCAGGUGAUAAGUCACAUCCUCUAUAUGACAGAAUAUUUGAGGCAUUGAAAGAUCUUCUCGAACAGAUUGAACGAGAAGGCUAUAUUCCGGACACAAAUGAGGAUUUCCAUGAUGUUGACGAGGAGCAGAAGAAAUACAUGAUAUUUAGCCAUAGUGAGAGACUAGCUUUAGCUUUUGGCAUCAUUAGCACCCCUGCUGGGACAACGAUUCGAAUAACCAAGAACAUUCGGGUCUGUGUCGACUGUCACACUGCAAUAAAGUUAAUAUCAAAGGUGGUUCAAAGGGAGAUAAUUGUGAGGGAUAAUAGCAGAUUUCACCAUUUUAAAGAUGGGAAGUGUUCAUGCAGAGAUUAUUGGUAACAGGCUGAAACUGAAAAUAAUGUUGAGAUCUAAAGCCAUUGUUGCGAGAUGGCCAACCAUGCAAUAGCUCGCACAAAUGGCAGACAGUCCAAAUGUGACUUACUGGGCGGACAAUCACCUGUUGAAUUGCCUCGCUUACUGUCGUUAUGCGGACCAUCAUGUAAUCAUGCGAACUAUCAUGUGAACAGCCAUGUCGCGGACAGUUCAUAUGCAACAAGCCUGGUGGACUGAUCAAGUGAGAACAAAGCUGCGAUCUGUUUGGCGAGGUUAAAGACCAGCGGAGUGUAUCCGAUGAAUGUGUCUGUGGACUGUAUCCGCAGUUAGAAUGAAAUGUUUUGGUGCACGCUACCAGUGAUGAGUGCGUGUGUGUUUUAGGAAAAACCAAUCUUAAUUGGUAGAUCUUUUGUGUUUAGGUAAUGAUUGACAUGUUUGGUUAAUUUACUUGUGUACAAGAAAUUUAUUUCAAGUUUCAGGAUUGUUUUAGUGGGGUUUGUUGAGUUAUCUUGUAAAGAAACUCGUAUAUAUUGUUAAGUACGAAGAAAAUGAAAUAUAGAGCAGACUUGUUAUACUGCUAUUUUCUC